UUCACGGAAAAAUAAUACCAAAAUUCCCAAUCGAAAAAAACUGGCAUUGAAAGCAAAGAAGCAGACAUCGAAAGCUAAUUUACGAGUAGCGUAACCAAAAGUUUGGAAUCAUGACAGAAGCAGAGCUGUACACAGAAUACAAGGGGGUCUACCUCCCCACACACCUACACCCUCAGGAGAGCCUGAAAUACUAUGAGGAGUUUACUUUUCGUCACGACGACAUUCUCAUUGUCACAUAUCCUAAGUCAGGUACAACAUGGAUGCAGGAGAUUGUUCCCCUGGUACAGAGUGGAGGGGACCUGACCCCGGUGCUGACUGUCCCAAACUGGGACAGGGUUCCUUGGCUAGAAGAGCUUAGGGCCUGUGUCCUCAAUCUGGAGCAGAGGGCAUCACCACGCCUGUUUGCUACCCACUACCACUACAACAUGAUGCCCGCCUCCUUCUUCACUGUCAAGCCUAAGGUCAUCUAUGUGAUGAGAAACCCUAAAGAUGUGUUCACAUCCUCCUAUCACUACUACGGCAUGGCCUCCUACCUGGUCAAACCUGGCACUCAGGACCAAUUCCUGCAGAAGUUCAUCAAUGGAAAAGUGAUGUUUGGUUCGUGGUUUGACCACGUGAUAGGCUGGUUGAAUGCUAAGGACCAGGACCGCACCAUGUACAUCUCCUACGAAGAGAUGAUAUUUGAUCUGAGGGAUUCUGUGUCAAAGAUCUCCCAAUUCAUGGGGAAGUCUCUGGACUCUGAGGUAAUAGAGAAGAUAGCAGACCAUUGUGUGUUCAAGAACAUGAAACAGAACAAGAUGUCCAACUACUCCCUGGUACCCAAUGAGUUUAUGGACCAUAAUAAAUCAGAGUUCCUUAGGAAAGGAAUCGCUGGAGAUUGGAAAAACCAAUUCACUGUGGCCCAGGCAGAAUACUUUGAUGCAAUUUACAAGAAACAAAUGAAGGACAUCAAAUACAAAUUUGUGUGGGAUUAAACUGACCAUAUUUUUUUUUUCAUUUAAUAUCAUAAAUUACAUAAUCCUAAUAUAACCGUUGCUAUAAAAACAAAUAAUUCAAGACAUAAAAUGCAGAUGAUAGAACUGCUGUUGGUUUGACAUGUUGUAUCAUUAAACAUAUUAGGCCUAUGUCUCAGUCA